AAUUUCCGAUUAUAAUCUUAGCAUGUUUUACUGGCAAAUCAGGAUAGUAUUUAAGAGUAAACCUUGUAGAGCAUCGCCAUAAUAACAGAUAUUGUGCUAAAGUAUAUACCUAACCGAAAACAGCAAAAAUUAAAACAUCCAAAAUGUGGUUCAAAGUUUUGUUCGCAAUAGUUUCAGUUCUCAGCUUCUUUGAAUAUUCAGAAGGACUCGUCAAGAUUGAGCGUACAAGCGCCAUUUCUCCUUUUACAACGACGGUGGCUGAGAGCAACAUGCCAGUAAGAUGGCAAGUGGAAGCAGCCGAAUAUUUAUCAGACGUAUUCGAGUUGUACCAAAGUAAUUCUGUAAGGGCUCGUGCACUUUCCGAACUCUUUGCAGCAACCCACAGUAAUUUCAGUUGGUUUGUUGCUUUUAACAGUUCGUAUAUUUAUUACCCAGUCGAGUCUUAUUAUUGUCAACUUGCAACAACCACCACCGGAGUUAAUAGUCCCCAAUUGGCAGUCGCCAUUUUUGCUGGAAGCUCCUAAUUACUUAUUAUGCCAAUUUGAAGUGUAAAAAUAUUCUCAUCUGUGAAUAUAUACGUUAUUUAUGCUUAUAUUAAUUGCUUGUAAUAAUUGUAAUUGCAUUAUUUAUAAAUAAAAUUUAAACAUGAUUAACAA